GGUUUAUCUGGACUCUUCUGACAGAUGUGUGACAUCCUUUUUUCUCAAUUAUGUCUGAGACUACCUGCCGCAAAUGAUACAACUGGGCACAACAAUUGCCUUGAAAAUCCUGUUACUCGUCAAACUCAAAAAGGCAACUCAGACUUAUCCCCAAGUUCGUCCAAACCACAAAAAAUUCACAUCGACAAGUCUUUGAGUCAAGGUUUAACCAUUAGUCAUGAAACCGUGUCGAUGGCCGCACUCGUUUUGCGCGGACAUGCCAUUGUUCCCAUGCAGCUGGUUGCCCAAGUUCCCGCAUCACUGUUCUACUGGCCAUUAAUACAACUUGCCGGAGCGGUGACUGACGACAUUGCACUCGGUGUUGCCGUUGGCAGCGAGGGCAGAGCGAAUGUUCCCGGUGCUACAUCAGACAUCCGAGCCGCCCUACUCCUGCUUUUGAUUGGUAAAUGUUCCGCUGAUUCUGCAGCAUUUCGGGAAGUCGAAGGCGAAGAGUUCUUCAGGUGAUUUCUCUGUAAUGGUUUGUAUUUGA